GUGAGAAACCGCCCCGGCCUCUCCCCUCAGCUCCGCUGCCCUUCGCCACGGCCGCACUGCGGGCGGGGGCGGCCUCGGGGCGCCGGGCCCGGCCGGGAGGCGGCAUCCCGGGAGGGUCCGGCUUCCCCGACCGCUCGCCCCCGGCGUGCGACGGCGCAACGGGAGAGGGAGAGAGGCGGCGGGAGAAACGGUCCGCCAUAUUUCUGCCUCACCACGCCCGCGGAGCUGAGCCAUUGAAAAGCCGGGCGAGCCCGGCCCCUGCCUGCCUCCUCUUCCUCCCUGGCGGGUGUCCGCCGCCCGCCCCUUCUCUCGUCGUUACGGGCAGGGCCGGGCCGGGCGAACUGAGCCGAGCCGCGGCAGCUCUCCGGCAGCGGCUCUCCCGCCAGAGGGGCGAGCGGCCGCCCCGCCGGGAAGGGGGGGUCGGCCGUGAGGGCGCUCUUCGCGCCGGUCAGCGGCGGGCUCGCCCACCGCGCAGCAGCCGGGCUUCCGCUCCAGAGAACGGGCAGCGGCCGGGAAAUGUGUGUGCGGAGGGGGGGAGGGAUUAGCGGACAUUAGCAUUUCCACAGGGGGUGGGGUGGUCGCGUCGGAGGGCGGUGGGGGUGUUGUCCGCCAGGGACACUCGGGGAUCGCGUUGGCUGCGGGCGGCGCCGAGGGAAGGGAGGCAAGGAGGGCGAGGGGCGGCGGCGAGCGGUUCGGCUGGGUAGCGCUGCUGCCGCCGCGGUGGAUGUUUCCAUGUUGUUUGGUGCAUGAUUUAGAGGAGAGGAGGAGUUGGCAGCGGCGGGUGUUAGCGGCAGGGAGCGGGGAUCCGCGCCGCCAGCGGCCCUGCCUCUUUCUCCUCGCCCCUCUGUGGCAUUGAGGCAGCUGCCUGCGCUUGCCCUGCGGCGCCCGGCGGGGCUCUCGGGCAGAGCGCCUGUGCCCCCGGGGGCCGGUGCGGCGGCGGCGGGGUGCGUGUGUGUGAGUGCGGAGUGUGUGUGUGUGUGUGUGCGUGCGAUUUUAGGGGGGGUGGGGGUUGUGUCUGAACCAGUUAGGAAGAAUGACUCUGGAGUCCAUCAUGGCGUGCUGCCUGAGCGAAGAAGCCAAGGAAGCUCGGCGGAUCAACGACGAGAUCGAGCGGCAGCUGCGCCGGGACAAGCGGGACGCCCGCCGGGAGCUGAAGCUGCUGCUGCUGGGCACAGGAGAGAGUGGCAAAAGCACAUUUAUCAAGCAGAUGAGAAUCAUUCAUGGAUCAGGUUACUCUGAUGAAGACAAACGGGGUUUUACAAAACUGGUGUACCAGAAUAUAUUUACAGCAAUGCAGGCCAUGAUCAGAGCCAUGGAUACCCUCAAAAUUCCAUACAAGUAUGAACAUAACAAGGCUCAUGCACAGUUAGUUCGAGAAGUCGAUGUAGAGAAGGUGUCAACUUUCGAGAACCCAUAUGUAGAUGCAAUAAGAAGCUUAUGGAAUGACCCUGGAAUUCAGGAGUGUUAUGAUAGACGACGGGAAUAUCAGUUAUCAGAUUCAACUAAAUACUAUCUUAACGACUUGGACCGCAUAGCAGAUUCCACCUAUCUGCCAACUCAGCAAGAUGUGCUCAGAGUUCGAGUCCCAACCACGGGGAUCAUUGAAUAUCCAUUCGACUUACAAAGUGUCAUUUUCAGAAUGGUGGAUGUAGGAGGCCAACGAUCAGAAAGAAGAAAAUGGAUACAUUGCUUUGAAAACGUCACAUCUAUCAUGUUCUUAGUAGCUCUUAGUGAAUAUGAUCAAGUGCUUGUGGAGUCAGACAAUGAGAAUCGAAUGGAAGAAAGCAAAGCACUCUUUAGGACAAUUAUCACAUAUCCAUGGUUCCAGAACUCUUCAGUCAUUCUGUUCUUAAAUAAAAAAGAUCUCUUAGAGGAGAAAAUUAUGUACUCCCAUCUAGUUGAUUAUUUUCCAGAGUAUGAUGGACCACAACGAGAUGCACAAGCAGCACGAGAGUUCAUCCUGAAGAUGUUUGUAGACCUGAAUCCAGACAGUGACAAAAUUAUCUACUCCCACUUCACGUGCGCUACAGACACAGAGAAUAUCCGCUUCGUCUUUGCUGCUGUCAAGGACACAAUCCUACAGUUAAACCUGAAGGAGUACAACCUGGUCUAACUGUGCCUAGGAGGCCCUCCAAAACCAACCUGGCGUGAUUAAAGAUACACAAGAGGGACUGUAUUAUCUGUGAAAACAAUUUGCAUAAUACUAAUUUAUUGCCGGCCUGGACUCUGUGAAUGUCCACAGAGUUUGUAGUUAAUAUUAUGAUGUUAUUUAAACUGUAUGGAGGAAAACCAAAAGAUGCUGAAGUACAUUCACAGCACAUUUCCUCAUUUUUUAGGCAAAACCUUGUGACUCAAUGUGUUUUAAAUUCUCAGCCACACAUUUUCAAAAUAUAGCAGUUUUUUGCUAUUGAAGCAAAAUCAAGCUGGUUUCCUCUUUCCCUGACCCUUUCUUUCUCCCUCCUUCCUUUCCCCCCAUAUCUUUUACAAGGUACAAUGGCCUUUUUUUUCCCAGUUGUGUUCCUGGGUGAAAUAUUUUUUGUUGAGUGAUUUGGUCAGGAAAAUAAUCUCAUCAGAAUUUAAGUAAUCAGUCAUUCUAAUUUUACGGUAUGUUCUUUCUUUGAAGCAUCAAAAGUAUUGAUACUGUGAUUUUUAAAUUCGUGACAUGAGUGUCUUCAUUCUGUCUUCACUUCUGGGACUAGAAUAUUGGGAUUGCAAAAUAGAGUUACGGGUGUCUAGGGAUAUUCAAUUUAACAAUAUUUUCACAGUUCAGAAAGGUGCAUAGAAGACAGUAAUGAAAUAAUUAAGACACAAGCUGGGAUGUACGUGGAAUUUGUUAGAACCUCUUUUCAAUUGCUGUGUGCCAUUUUUUUCUCUCUUCUUUUAUUCACAAAUGCCAAAUACAAAUGUCACAGACACUACAUUUUCCCCAGUGGCUACAGCCUCAAACGGUGGGUUUUUUCAGUUGUGUGGGGUUUUUUUCUUAAGUUAGAGCUUUUUUAAGUGUUCUUUUUCCACAGUAGAAAAAUUAUUUUUAUUGUAUGAAAUUAAUAUUGCCAAAUCUGGCUUUUUAUAAAACCAACGCUCUUGAAACAUAAGAAACCAAUUGAAAUGCCAAACUGAUGGACUGGGAACUGACCUGAUUGAGUCAACUGCCAAAUGAUAAACAAACAGUUUCAGCUCAUAUGUUCCCUUUUUUAGAAAGUGUUCCAUUUUCUAAUGUCAAAACCAACAGUGUGAGAGAAUAUGCUACAAGGUGCACCAUGCACACGCAUGUGGUCUACUAAUUUACAGACAGUUAAAAUCUCUCCUUAUGUCUGACAUGACAUGAGAUUGUUUUCUGUAACAAUAUCAAGGCACCUUUGGUUGUAUAACAAGAAACUAUUGAUGAGUGAUCAUGUUCAGGAACCUUUCUUGAUAAGGUUGCUUGUUAACUGAUUCACAGACAUUUGAUAGGCAUUCAUGCAAAAUAGCCUCUCUCAGUGUUCUUAAGAAAAGAUUUAUUAAUGUAAAUGAAGCAGUGAGAAAAUAAUUCUUUAAAUUUAAAUGUGCAAUUUUUUAACAACAAAAAUGCAGCACACAUUGAUGAGCCUUUAUUCUGCAGCUUAGGUUGAAAGGUGUUUUUUGACCAGGUGCAUGAUUGCUAGCAAGCUACAGAAAACUCAGAGUUCAGACACAUAAUUUGAUUGAUUAUCUGCAAAGACAAGUAGCACGAGAGUGCGCUUAACACAGAAAUUGCUGCCUCACAGCAGCAGAUGGGAGGUGGAAAAAAUAAUGACUUAUUAGUUGAUUACCAAAGUUAACAAUUAAUACUAAUGAGACGUUUUUCAUUCUUAACCCUCUCAGCGCCAAAACAACAAUAAUAAGAACAGUCGCUAUUUUUUGCUCCCUCUUAAAACACCUUGUAAUUUAAAACUGGUUGUAGGUAUAGUGCAAUUUUGAAUGCUAUAAUCAUUGUACAUACAUCUAUAUAUAUAUAUAUGGCAGCAUCCAUAUUGGCUUUGUAAUCAUUAAUUUUUGGCAAAUUGAAUGUGCUGUAUUGAUAUGUAUCUAUGUAAUUGUAUUGUAUGUCUUAUAGCUAAUUCACAUUUUAAAUAAUGUUAUUUUAUUUACUUUUUUAAGAGAGAAGAAUGUAAAUUUUGUCAGUUUAUUUCUGACUAGGGAUUUGUUGUUGUUUUUUAUUUACAAAACAGAAAAAAUUAGUACAGAGCGGUACUAGCAUUGUGCUGUAUAAAAUCAUUUGCACAUUCCUGAAUAGAAGUAAAUUGGAGACACCUAGACAAAGGCCAUUCACAUUCAAAUAAUGCUUAAAUCUUGUCAGGGCUUUAAACAGGUGUAGAAACCAGUCUUACUAGAAGUAUUUAUUUCAUUAUGUCUAAGAUUGGAACAUAAGCUUUUAAAUAUAAUUUUAAUUUAUAUUUGGCAGAUUCAUGUUAGGUUACUUCUACUUUUCUAAUAGGCUUUAUUAGAAAAGGAAAUUUAAUUAUAUUUCAGACUAUUGUACAUAGGUACUAAUGGUUACAUGCUGGUGCCCUGAAAGUACCAUGAAUAAAUACAGAACAUCAGAUCAAUCAGUCUUUCAGAAACUGCAGAAACCUUAGAUACAACAACAACAACCAAAAAGUCGCUAUUUUAAAUGAUUUUAAGGAGUUAAAGCAUUUUAUUUAAUAAAGCUAAAGCAGGUAGAUCUAGAUUAUAAAAAGUGACACUGACAUUCUGAAUAAUAGGGGAUCAGAGCAGUUGCUCUUACUUACAGCAUUACAAAAUAGGUCCUGAUCUUGCUAUAAAUGCAACAGAGCUUCUGUUUUCACAGUUCCACUGUUGAUAAUAUCUCUUUUUUUAGCCUGGGAAUACAUUGCCCACACUGGAUUCAGUGCUAUAAAUGGAACUGUAGUAAAAAAAACAAAAAAAAAGAAAAAAAAAGAAAAAAAAAAAAAGACAGUGCUGUCUAACAGAGGUUUGGGUUGGUUUGUUUGUUUAAUUUGUUUUGUUAUGGGAUAUUGGGUGGGGGAGAAGGAAAUGUGGUUCUGAAUUUUGUAUAAUACAAAACAAAAGUUUACUCAUGCUUUAUAGUUAUAUUGUGAUUGCAGAAGUUUUCAAGGUUGUGCGCCACUGGGCUACUUCUGGUAUAUUUUAGGUAAGUUGAGCCUGUGGCAAUGUUUAGAUCAUUUGAGCAUGUUCUGGAAAAAGAAAAAAUAUUGGGCAUGCCAAGGCAAGCUUUACAUGAAUCACCUAACACAGCAUUGCAGUGUGACAGUUUACAAAAACGUUUUCUUUUUAAAUGACACAGCUGUUCCCACUUGCAGUAUAUUCCAUUGUAGUGGUGUCGCUGUUGUUUUAAUUGGUGGUUUCUACUAUGCCUUAUAGUGCUUGAGUCCAGAAGUUUGUGCCUCUAACAUGAUGCUGAAGGCAAAAAACAUCAAGACAGAAACCCUUUUAACUUUGCCAAAAUUAUGUGAUUUCAUUGAAUGUCGUAAAUCGGGGAGGAGGGAAGGAAAACGUCUUGGGAACCUGUGUAUUCUAUAUGUUCACUAGCACAAGAAAGCUGUAAUACAUGUUUUACGGAAACCUUAAACGCCUUUUUCAACAAUUAACUGGCGCUGUCCUUACAUAUGUAGAAUGAUGCAGCUAUAAGGACAGUUUACUUUUUAUAAUUCAGACUCUUGAUUGUCAAGGUGUAUGGACUGUAAUUUUUAAUCAUACUGCCACAUGAUUGUGAAUCACUUUUUUAAGUUUGAAAGUGGAGAAGAGACUUUUAUGCUGGAUAUCAGUCAGAAUUGACUGCAUGAUUUGCAAAAACUCUAAAUGGGAAGAAAAGGGCUGCAUAUAAAGACAUUGCUAGACUCCCAGCCUUUGGUGGUAAGGUGCAAAAGACUUUCAGAUUACUCAACCUCAUAACCCUUUCCUUGUUACACAUUCUUCACAAAAGAAUGAAAUAUUAGGGGAAAGCAGAGACAUGUUAACCGACAUGAAAAAAUAAAAUUUACCCAAUUAAUUUAUUAUAUGUGCUGCUGUUCUUGGAGCUCUGUGCAUGGUUAUCCUACCGAUGAUUACAUAUGUUAGUGAACCAAUGUUAAUAUGCAGAGCAUAUUGACAAGGCCUACAAAUGACCUACCUCUAGCUAAGAGACCAGUGAAGUGAAUAAGUUUUGGAGAGACUGUCCUAAGUUAGGAAGUUAAAAUCUCCUGGUGUAGGUAAUUAACCACAGUAUUGUAGAAAUUAACACUUUUGUAAAUAUGACCCCUCUUUUAACGUAAAACACAAAUUCUAGAAUUUAGUACAGAUUAAACAAGUAAAACCAUCUGUCCCUGUCCUGUCCAGUUUGUUAGUUCGGUAGAGGUCUUGCAAAACCAUACAUUUAGUUUGAGGAGAGGAGCUACCAACGCUUCCUCCUUUUUGGCUUUUGGUUACCCGUAACAUUUUGAGUUUUAUCAGUCAAACCAGAAACAGUCCUGUGUAGUCAACACCACAUUGAGAGUCACUAUUUAGCUAGUUAAAGGGAUUUUGGUGUAAGUUUCACUCAAGCUUUUUCACAGUAGCCACGCUGCAGGAAAGAAAGGAAUAGAGGGAGAUUUUGUGGAUAAUGUGAAAAACACAGUCAGCCAGAUCCAUCACUGUAAAUCUGUUGGUUUGGGUUUUUUUGUUUUUUCCUCUCAAAAUACAGUCUAAGCUGAAGUCUGUUGCUGGAUUCCUCAUUUACCAUGCUGCAGGAAAUCCUUUUUUGACCAAACUUCCUUUUUUUUUUUAUUUUUUUUCUUUUCUUUUUUUUGCCGGGGGGGGUGUUGUCAGAUACAUUUUUAAAUUUGCAGUAUUUAAAAAUAAAGAUCAUAUUUGCUGUUCUUAAAGUGUCAUUUAAAUGCAUGUAUUGUGUGUUGUUUGAGGGACAGAAACAGGUUUUUUGGAAAAAAAACUAAUAUUGUACAGUUGCUGCCCCUCAAAAAUGUUGCUGGUUGAAAAUACAAUAUUUUUGGCCAUAACUUCGUACCAUAGUAUUUUCAUUCCUUGAACUUCAGCUUUUCUGAAAUAUUAUUUGGGGUUAUUCUCCCAAAAUGCUUCUUAUUAUGAUAAAUGUUGACUAGAUGCAUUAUUCCAUUAUUACUUUUUAACUAUAUGUGCUCUCUUCUCAUUGUCUAAAUAUUAAAAUUUCCAGAAUAUCUUUAUUACAGCCAGAACAUUCAGAACAUUAAGGUUUGUUACAGUGGAAACAGACAUUUGACAAUAUUAUUAAAGGGGUUUUUUGGCUCAUGUACGACAGAAACUCGGAAGCAUGGGGAAAAAUAAAUAAUAGUCUAUAUUUCACUAAUAGAAAACUUUUGGAAUGUGUAGACAGUGAGGAGAAUUUCUUCAGCGUUUUGGCUGAUUGCAGUAGUACUGCAAGAGUAAACCAUUUCUUUGAUCUUUUUGUUCACCUGUGUGAUGAUAAUGGAGAAAUGCCCACAUGUUGCUUUUCUGGAUUCUGGCUCAUAUCUGGUCAACAGUCAGUGGAUCUCAGACUUUCAUUACUAAAGAAACAGAAUUUCAGGCCAAUUGCAAAAAUUACUUUGUUCUCUGUUGUGUGAUCACAACAGUUUAAGGAAGAUUCUUGGAGUCCAAACAGUUUGCCUAAGCAAGGAUUUGAGUGAAUGGUACCUGAUUUUUCUUUCCUGUUGCAGAUUCAGUAGGGAAGGAUUUAUUUUAUCUUUAUGUCUCAGUGAAGAUAACAUCAACAAAAAUACAGUGUAAGUGGUGAUAUUAAGAUAUGUUAAAUAGAUGUAGAAACUAUCUGUGUGAUAAAUUGUGCAUAGAUGUGAUAAAACCUUACAUCACAUACUAUGAUUGUAUCACCUAAUUGCCAACCACUUUGUAGGAUCCUGUCCCACACACCUUGGACUUCCAGCGUAUUUGUAGACUACCACAAAAUAUACAGUUGUCAGCUCCUCAGGAACGCAUCUUCUACCAGCAUCUGUAUUGAGGCAACUGGCCCCUCUCAUAGCUACCAAAAAGAGCUCCCGGACCUCCUCGGUUCCCAGCCCGCAGCCAUAUGUGGUUUUCCCUCUCCACUUGGCCAGCCAGUAACCUGGGUGAGAAUCCACACUCUUCUUGCCCGCUUCAGUAGUCAGAUUUUCAGGGAUUUUGGCCAAUUUGGCUGAUCAAUGGAUGAGACAAGUGCUGAGCUGACUGAAAGGAACAGGUAGAAUUGUGUGGCCAAAAGGCUUAGAAGCUAGGAAAAAAGGGAGUAACGUUGCCCUCCCUUUAAAACCUAGUCCUGAGCAACAUGCAGUAUCUGUUAAUAAAACCUCUAUUUUAUGCACUUUAUUAGCUAUUCUGGCUUGGAAAGAUUGCUCUUUUCACUUUGAAGGGUCCUGAUUGCAUUUUUGUCCUGAAAAAUAAAAUAUGAUGAGGGAAUGAUAGGACAGGGAAAAUUCUUCUCUCUUCCCCUUUAAGAAUAACAAGUGUCUGUAUAUAUAGUCUAAACCAAACUGCAGUCAGACUGAAGGCAACAAAUCACACUUGGUGUUAGGGAUGAAGAAAUACAAUAACUGGGCUUUCAUUUGUCUCACAGGAAAAAAAAAUAGUAUUAGUUUCCAGUAAGAACUUGGAAAAAAAAUUUAAAAAUCCAUCAUAAGGUAUUUAAAAUGCGUUGUCACCAUGCAUGGCAUUUAGGUCUGCUGUGUCCCUGUCCGAGGCAGUCCUUCCUUCUCCAUUCAUACUCUUCUAUCACGCUCAUUAAUUGCCUCCGGCCAUCGAAACAAAAUAUUUUUACAGCACUGCUUUAUGCAUGUACACUCUGGAAAACUUUCUGAUCCUUGUGAGUUAAAUGUGAAUUGGUCUCCUAAAACUGAACAGCUGAUGAAGUGUAAUGCAGCUGAAGAAGACCACACUUUUUGCUUAAUGGUAUUUCAUGUUCCUUCUGCCACCUUGUUCUGAUUAAUUUUUCUGUGUAUUUCCUUUAUUCUGUUUGCCAUAAAGAGAAGGUUGCUUGACAUAUCAGAUUUAGUUCUGGUAAUGAUUCAAGAGUUGCUUAUACUGGCUAAAUUAAAGAGAAAUAGUGAAAAAUAAUAGCUUCAGAAAGCUCCUGCAAUCAGGGGCAGAUCCAAUUAGCCUCGGGGGAACAGGUGUUUCAGAAAACAAAACUAUAACACUGUAGCUGUAAUACAGGCAACUGGAGGAUAUAAUAGGCUAACGUGGGCCAAAUUGGGCCAAAAUACCCAUUUUAAUAUGUCAUUUUGCAUUGUCAAUAGAGAACUGUAUUUGCCAAGAUGUUACUGAAAAUCUGCUUUUUUUCCUACAGUCCUGUAUGAGGUGGUUAAUGCAAUGAUCAGACUGGCAGUCAACUGGAGAUGCAUUAAUUGGACAAUAAGUUCAAAUGUAUUCUUGCAGAGAUAAGUUAUUACAUAAGAUUACUUUAUAUGAUGCUAACAAAAAAGGACUUGCAUGCAGUAAAUAUUUAAGAUAUUGCACUUUUAUACAUUUAUUAUAAAGAGGAAUCACUCUCUCCCUAAAAAUAAAAGUCCAUUUAUCUCAA